CGCUCUCUAAUAACCAAACCCACCAAGCACGAGCUGAUGAGGCUAAGCUCCAUUUUUAAAGAGGCUGGAGUGGCUCCAGAUCACUUCAUGCACAGACAGAUAGCUUUUGCUGACCCAAUGACACAGUGGCUUUAUCCUGCAGCUCCCCAUCAUGACAGGAUGGCUGCACAGGCAAGUCAUUUUAGAGAGGAAGGUGCCAUCAGAUCCCCACUUCCCCCGAGGUGUAAAUGAAACCCGCGACUGCAUUCUGUGGCGGCGCCGGGCUUGAAACGGUCAACACGUGCCACGCCGCCUCUUUUUGGAUCGGUUCCAAAAGAAGAGUGCAAAUCUGGCCCUGGCUUUGAGAUACACCAGAAUACACCUGCUCAGCUAUGAACAUCCUGCAGGGGCACAAAUGGAUAUAUUGGGUCAGGCCAUAAGGAUCCAUCCUAGGAUAUCCUGAGCUGGUAAUUAAUUACUUUCCUCUUGGGCCAACACAAGCUUAACUAACAAUGCUAUGACUCCUGAGAUUCUCUACAUACACUUGAAUCAAUAUUAAUGCUCUCAUUAAAAUUGACUCGUACUCGUUCUUCAGCCGAUUCCUAAAAGACCCGAAAUGAGGAUAUUGUUUUUCUUCAUACUUUGGUCUUUGGCCUCUGGAAUUCCAGUCAUGUUUGCCAUAUAAGCCAAACUGGGCCACCAGCAGGAUGGCUGACGUGAAGGUCAGACCUCCAGGCUUUCAUCGUAUACCAGCUGACUUCUCACGGGCCACAAGUGUUGACCUUGGGUAGGCUGCACAGCAGAUGUCCCCCCCUGCGAGAGGAUUUCCUAUAAGUACCGUCUAUAGUAUUGAUUCCAACCAUGCCACUGGAGGGAGGGUCCACACAGAGCAGGCGGGCAGAUGUUAUAAUUUCAUCAGGGCAGACCAAUAAUCAAUCGGUAUGUUUGUCUUUCAGCCAACAGCGCAGCAGCAAGAACUGAAGGUUAACCUUCAGUUCUUGUGAAGAGCAUUGUAAAAGUUAAUACAGAUAUAGAUAUGUGCUCUCUGAGUCCACAGGAAGCAGCUUUUGGCUUGGUGGUGCAUUUGUUUCCCACUGCAGUGAGCUGCAGCUGUCAAGGUCAGAAAGGACUGAGGAGCAGCAGCGAAAGGGAGAGAGAUUAUAAAAAGAGGAAGAGAAAUAAAAGGCAAAAAAAUUAGAGAAAAGCUUGACAAGUGAGGGAUUUCGCUGCACCCCGCCUCCCUUCAUUAGACACCGCAGCGCUCCUCGCCCUCUUCCUUCCCUUUCCCUUUCUCUUCCUCACUGUUAGCAAACAAACACGCUCUCCUUCGCAUGGCGUCUGUUCAAAACCGCUAUCUCUCACGAGCGCAGUCAGGCACCUCGCGCAAACACUCGAAAGCACAAGGACCCUCGGAGAGAGCGGCGUCGCCAUUCUGCACACUCACACAUGUUCCGCAUCCCUCAGUGUUUAUCGCGGCUGUAUAUAGCCCCACAGUGCUUGUUGGGUUUAUUUGUGUUGCAACGGCGUCCCCAGAGGUGCGAAGACUUCACCUUGCACUUCACAUCCCAUACGGUUUGCUGAAGCUGUGGCUCUCGUGCGGCAGAUACCGGCUCUUCUGCGCCUCGUCAAACAGGAAAGUGGCCAUUUGACCUUUCUACGCCGGACACCGGGCAUCACCAGUCCUGCUUGGAAUCCCAUUACCUAAUCGAUGCCACAGUUGCUGAGAUUGUUUUUGGAGUCCUGUCUGACCGGUGUGUUACUGAGAAUGUAACUGGAGCUUCUACCUCGGGGAACUGUAACGUCCAGAACUUAUAGAGCAUUUCCGACUUUUCUAUCCCUGCAUAUCUGAGAUCUCUUCCGCAGUUACAGCAAUGCCAGCGAAAGCACCCAUAUACCUGAAACCCAACAAUAGUAAGAAGGGAAAGAAAUGUCGCCUCAGAGAUAUUUUGUCCCCGGACAUGAUCAGUCCACCACUUGGGGACUUCCGACACACCAUCCACAUUGGCAGGGGCGGCGAGAGAGACGCCUUUGGAGACAUGUCUUUCCUCCAGGGGAAGUAUGAACUCCUACCCGGGAAGCGAGACGUCAACCCUCAGUACGGCAUCCAAAGUGAAUUUCUGAGAGCUAACAGCACCGGUGAUGCUUCCUUUGUGGAGACCCCCUCUCCGGUGCUCAAGAACGCCAUCUCCCUCCCAACUAUUGGUGGCUGCCAGGCACUUACCCUUCCCCUGAUCUCCUCCACUGUGUUCCCAAUGCCUCCGGAACCGUUGGAGGACAUCUUGGGGUCUCCCAUGAAGCCUGACAGCGCAGAACAGGUCGAGAUCCUGCAGAUGGACGCCCUGUUGCGCUCCAUGGACGUCUUCAGCAGCGAACCUUCGUCUCCCACCGCAGCUAUCCAGUCGAAGCCGGACGUCCUCCUGGAUCUGCUGGAAAGCACACAUAAGUCCACCUCAAAGGCGGUAGCCAAGGCUAACAAAAUAAACAAGAGCGAACCCAGGUUUGACAAGCCAUCAUCCUAUUAUAUCAACGGUCACAGCAACAGCACCUUCAAAGCUAAUGGAAGCCUGAACAGUAACAUGAGCAGAGACAGCUUUGACAGCUUGAGCGGAAAAGGUGACUUCCAGAACAAGAUCUGCAAUGGCAGCAGGCAUCUCAAUGGCAAUGGCAACUUCAAUGGUUAUGGACACUUUAACAAAGACAUUAAUCUGGGCUUUAAGCAGGAGCUCUCAAAGUGCAAUGGAGAGUGGGUGGACAGGGACAGUGGGGUGGAGGAGGGCCGCAUCUGUGAUUUUGACUUUGAGUUUUCCAAGGAGAAGAGCAUGUCGCAGGAUUCCCUCGCCCAGAUCACAGGGUCAUUCCUCUCCCUUGAACUCGAUCUGGGCCCGUCCAUCCUGGACGACGUGCUCAACAUAAUGGAUAAACCCACAGCGAAGAGCAGGCCUUGAGCUGCGUUGAGGCCCCAGCAGGAGAAAGGGAAUUUCUAAACUAUAGCCAUGAGGAGAGAAAGACUCAAAAAGCAAUCAAAAUGGUGUCUGGAUAUAUCAUUAAGAUGAAAAUGAGCUCAAUAGACGGAGCUGCUAAUGUUUUUAUUGUCAAAACACAUAACUAUUCUGGCUUCUAUGGAGUGUUAAUUCUUCUUCUUUGUGUUUGCCAUGUCAGCCGCAUGUUUAAGAUGCAUGUGCUAUUGAGUUACAGCUAAACCACAGCCAUAGUGCCUUUUGAUUUUACAUAACUGUAAAAAUGCUACAUGAUAGAUUUGUGUUCUUAUGUUGAUUUCUACCUUAUGUAUGCACAAUAACUUUGAGGCCCUUCGCUUUUUUUACACAGUCUGGAACAUAUUGCAUUUAGUGACUUUAGGUGUGUUUAAAAAAAGCAUUAUUUUGUCUGUCACAUAAUUCAUUUGCCACGAUUCAAAAAAACAGAACAUUAUGCAUAUUUGUGUUUUUAAAAAUGUAACACAAAUAAAUUAAUUUUGUCCUAUUAAGUUUCGGCAGGUGAUGUGUGCAUACACCCGAACUGAGAGAUCAUUCCAAAAACUGAUUGUACAAGAUAAUGCAAGAGCUGACAAUUCGAAUAAAGCUGGAGACAGAGUAGCACAAAAGCGAAAAGGCAAACAGGGCCGAUAGCAAGUAAAGAAAGAGCUACAGAUUGACAGAAAGACAGAUAGAAUGGAUUUAUUUUCUCGCCUCUGACAUUCCUUACAUUCUGCGUCCCUGCCCUGCAGUGGGAGCACCGGUGGGGCCUUCAUCUGCCCAACCAGGCGCCUGCUCCAUUUGUUUGCUUGUGGACGGGACAGGCAGAGGAGGAGGUCAUUGAAAUUCCCUGCAUUCCAGCCACAGAGCACAAGUGUCCAGGACCAGACAUAAAUCAGCUGUUUCAAGUGAGGGGGUGGGCUCCAGCCUCUGAGCCACGCUAUCGUAAACCAGAAUGUAUAGCGAGAUGAGGUUGUAAAGCAGGAGCUUACAACCCGCAGGCAAACUUUGUUCAGUGCUGAACGAUGGAUGAGUCCUCUCUCUCGGUCUAGUUACAAUAAAGAGGUGUUGACCCAGCAGUGCUAGAGCAACAGUCUAAAAGAGCACGACAGCAGUGAUCACCCACAAAGGCUGCUUCUUGAACUCAACCACCCACAACUUAAUGAUUCAUCCACACACUAUUGUCACAGCGUAGAAUAUCCCAUUGCUAUUGCCAGAUGAGCUUAUUUUCUGUAACCACCAUUAAAUUAUGGUGGAAUUAACAUGCUAGUUAGCUAACUAGUGGACAGUUGGCUAGUAAGCUAACUUGCUAAUUCCACCAUGUUUUUAUGCUACACUGGUUACCAAAAUUCGGCCAAACAUUGGUGGCCACCUCACUCCCUGCUGCUCCAGAGAAUGUCAAGCUAGUUACCUAGCUAACUUGCCAGCCAUACGCCUUCGGAGCUCCCAGCGAGCUGCUACCGCACAUCACGGACUUGUAUGGUCACCAUAACAAUUACAACAAUCGCCAUUUUCUUUUGUACCAGUCAAAUGACCAUGAAAACAGUUCAAUGUCCGUUCUUCUCUUAUUCUAUUUCUAUGGUGUAGGCACGGGCAGGUUGAGUCAUAGCAAGACCUUAUUGAGGCUUAUGGCAGGCUUUCCUCAAACACCUACAUACCACUGUGUCAUGCUUGUCAGGAGAAAACGUCUCUCUCCUAACACAUUCAGAGUUAUAUGUACUUGGGCUAGCAAGCUAAUUUCAUAUGCAAAUAAUUAUCUGGGUUUGAUUUCACUUCUCACAUGAAGUGGGCCAAUGUGCCGGACCUCCCCGUCUCCCUCAAAGGCCUCAGAAUGUCCGUAAACAACCGCCACUGGCCCAGCCGAGCCAUCUGAAGCCGCCGUGAAACCAGAUGUCAGAGGAGAAGAAAAGCCCGGUCAUGGCAGAUGCCAUUGGAAAAUCCCAGCAUUAGUGCUAGAGUUUGCAUGUAUGCUGAGCUGAAGCAUCCAACCCGGAGUAUGAGUAAUGAAAACCUUUGCCGUCAAGGUAAUUGCUAUGCUUAUACCUGCAAUGGUACAUCAUUGACUUGAUGACAGCUUUUAUUUUAUUUUGACGGGCAUGGACGGGCAUUGUAAACCU